AGACAACUCAACCUUGUUUUAACUACUCAACCAACAUAUCCACAUGGUAAUGUGGGAGGAUUCACAACGUGUAAUCUUACAGGUCAUUCUAUCAAUCCCGGAGUUUUCAGUGAAAUUGGACUCUGCCUAUUAUCCCGAUUCCUACCGUCCGCCUCCCACUAAGAUCUCAGAUCACGAGAUUAGGGGCCCAACUGGUCCGUCGUGGCAUACGCGAUCUCAUCCACUUCUUGUUUAUACGCUUGUAGAUUGCUUACGUGAAGCGGGGUGAUGAUUAACGCGUUAACUCAUAGACAUGUCCUCUUCGCAAAAGAGUUGGGAAUGUUCCUUUCCUGGUUGCGGUAAAAAGUUCUCGAGAAAAGAGCAUCUAACCCGACAUAACCUCGGCCACAACCCCGAACAUCAGUAUAAGUGCCACAUCUGCGGCCGACGUUACGCAAGAAGCGAUGUAUUCAAGAGACAUGUGAAGCAACAUAAUCCCCAAGACGCCCAGUCUCCGGACGCACGAAGAAUAUGCUUAGCAUGCGGUGAUCGAAAUACUCCGUGUGAUGGGAAUUCACCCUGUGGGGCUUGUAUUUCAAAUUGGACUAACUGUCGUUGGAUUGAUUCGGAUAAUAGCCAUGCGACUACUACCGAGCAGGCUGUCGUGGUACCGUCUAAUGCUCACGCCCAAACAACAUGGUUUCAACCGAACGCAGAUGUUUGGAUGCCACAACCAUUUCUGGCAACAAAUCCGUACCUCUCGUCGGUCCCGAAUAACUUGAAUCCAGACCGUCCGAUUCAGGGCGUCGGCGCUAUAGAUUCUACUAGCUAUACGCCUCCUACGUCAGAUAUCAGCGGCACUAAUGCCGAGCCUAUGCUCUAUGAGCCAUCGAACAACCCCCUGGAUUCCCCUCAGCUAACGCCGCCACUCACAUCGUCUCAGCAGCGAAAUACCUCCAGGUCACCGGAAUCCGCUGGAGCCGCAGACUUGCAGGCUGUCGUCGACAGAACUUCGCCUGAAACCCAAAGACUUAUCCAGCUGUUCUUUGCGGAAAUUGAUCGGUACUGGCCUAUCUUGCAUUCAGCCACCUUCAGGUUGGACGAGACCUCAACGACCUUGCUAGCAUCUAUGAUUAUGCUGGCUAGCUGGCUUGAAGGCGGACACGAACAUCAUAAGCUUGCGCCUUUGAUAUUCGAAGAAGUAAACCGGAUCCGAACGGACAUUACACCAUCACUUCAGUUGCUACAGUCUGUUUUACUGUAUAUAGUAUAUGCAACGAGCAAUCUAACCACGGAUGGAAUGAUUGCAAGAGCACUGAACCUUGUCGCAUGGUUGAUAUCGACAUGUCGGUAUCUAGGCAUUUUCAGUGGCCAACACGCUUGUCAAGAAAUGCUCGGAGAGGGUUGUCCGUUUAUGGCAUGGCGUGCACAGGAACAACUAAACAGACUUGCGUUCGCUGUCCUUCGUGUCGACGCUUAUCUCAGUGUCCUCUUAGAUCAUCCUCCUUUGGUACGAUACCAGGAGCUUUGCAUUCCUCUACCUAAAUCUCGUGAGCUCUGGGCCGCCGCCAACGAGCCAGAGAGGCGCAAGCUCCAAUGGAACGAACCCGCUGGGCGCGAAAAAGCGUUGUUUUCGUUCUUUAUGCGCGACGCGCUUAAUCCUUCGCGCGAAGGUGCUUUACCGUACUGCCUUACGGACAUUGACUAUCACCUGAGCACGUGCGCGACACAGACGCAUAUUUGGGAGGCGGCGCGUGAGGCCCAUAGCGCCAUGUCGGAUGAGAUCGUCGAGGAGACGGAUCCCAAGACUUUCGUCCAGCGCGCAUAUCCGCAUCUGGACCUCUGGCGCGACAAGCGCAGGGAGAAUUGCGAGAUCCUACAUAAAUACUUUGCGGGCAACCUACCUAGCGAUGAGCACCGGCUAGGCCCGCUGACGUUUACGUUAAUGUACAUGUCGAACCUAAAGUUGCAUUCUCCUAUGAAUGUCCUGCGCGUCAAAGGCCACUAUUAUAAGUCGCGCCCAGGCGCCGCCAUCCCAACGCGCAAACCUCGCGUCCACUUGAACAGCUGGAUGUCGUCUGUGUGCCCACGCUCUGCGCUAUGGAACGCAGCCCAGGUUUGCCGCAUUUUCCUCAUCGAAUCCGGGCGCUUCGGCACUUCCACCGACAGUAAUGGCAACAUGAGCAGUCUCCGUUCACGCGCACGCCUACACCUGAACCCACUGCUCAUCCCAGGUGUCCUGAUGAGUGCUAUCGUGGCUUGCUCGUACGUCCGAUAUACCCGGACCUGUGGAUACUGCCGCGCGGCCCCCUCCCCUCACACGCCAUGUUCCGACGCUAGCCCUAACUCUUCUUGCACUGCCGCCAUCAACACCACGUCGAACACGAAUAUAACAUCCACCCCUCCUUUUCAGACUCCCCUCCCUUUCCCCAAUACGGCCAUGACGGGCGUCAUACCUGAAGAGGAAGCGGUCAAUUUGUUUAGUUUGAGGGACGACGAUCCGGUCCUGUUGAACUGGAAGCGCACCGGCAACGGCGUCCCCUAUUGGGGCAUAGGCGAGACACGCAUCCCGCUCUGCGCGUGCCGGCUCCAGGAUAUCGCAGCUUGGUUCCGCGAGGCGUUUGCCGAGGACGAGGGCGCGGAGAUGGAGUUUGUGAUUUUUCUGGCGGAACUGAGUCGCGAGUCGUGACCUUGUACAUGAAUACCACUUAAUCAUCAGAGACUGAGUGGGUGUGCGUGGGUCUGUGAAGGUUGUCCUUCAUGUCUUACUACCUACAUAAUUUUUUCAGAGCGAUGUACUUUUCUUCGUUUGGGUGACCCUUAUUCAACUAAAUUUUCGAAGUUAUAUGGGAGGACUUUUUGUCAAGAGCGUUCCUGUUCCUAGGCGUACGGAUGCGAUGUUUCAACACCACAACUAUGUAUGUAGCUAGGUACCUACAUAGCUACGGGGGUGUAAGUAGCGAUUGUGACUAUUUCUGUGAUUAUAGGGCGUGAGGUUAGAUCUGAGAUGUACAUGACAUAGAGAAUAUACCUACAUGCCAGAUCCAAGUCACACAAUCGAGUAUUAAGAAUCACCCUUUACGUGGUUGUGAUGAUAGGGGUUAGUCUCCCGAUUGAGGCUAACUCGCUAUUAGCCGCUUAUAACUAGAGCGCUG